AUGUCAAUCGAAGGGGAAGAAGGUAUUGACCUAACUGACUUCAUGAGUCCACAAGAAAGCAACAUGGAAGGAGUAACCUAUGAAGGAGUAAGUAAGGCAAAUGGAAAUGAGGAGGUCACAGAAGGUGAUCCAAAAGAUGAUGAAGAUGAUAAUGUCCCAGAUGUGAAAGGAAAACCGAUGUUUAAUGAAGACAUACCUUGGAAGAAGCAGUUGCCAAUUCUA